AUUUUGAUAUAUCACGAACAGUUGACCUUCUUUCUUAUGCUUUAGUCGGUAGCCAUAAAGUUCUGAUUCGGUUUCGAUUCCUUGUACUUCGGUUUCGCGAUUAUCGUAUUGGAAUUUCUUUCGUGGAAAUCUGCGUGGGAAUAUAUUCCGUCCAAAUGGACCGCAGCCAUCGAAAAGAGAUCGACAUGCAUUAAAAAAUAUAACAAGCAAGAUAUUUGCUAGAGUGAUAGAGGAUAAAAAAUGCAAAAUUGGAACCAAUGGCAAUUACCAACUGGUGCCAUUACUACUUCAAUGCCACAACCACCGGUUGGUUAUACUGCACCAGGGGCAGAUCCAAUGGCUAUGAUGCAAGCUUAUAUGCAGUAUUAUAAUCAACCAGCACCCAGUGGAUAUACAGCUGAACAAUGGGCUGCUGCUCAACAACAAAAUUGGACACAAUGGCAACAGUGGCAACAACAAUAUCAACAAUGGCAAGCACAAUAUGGAGAAAAGUACCAAGAAACUAUGAAGCAGAUGUCGUCGCAAAAUAUGAAUUUAUCUGGUCAUGCACCACCUUUACCAACUAUGCCACCACUUCCUAAAGAGGAUUUUAAACCCCCUUUACCUCCGAAUACUGUUAAUACAUAUCAAUUCACAAAUAUCCCCCCUCCACAUCAAAACAAUCUUCCACUAUUUCCUGCUAAGCAACCUGUAAGUAAUGCAGCUUCACAAUUAAAUGUAAAUUCUUCUCAAAAUCCACCUCUACCUCCAACUCAACCACCAUUGCCUCUGGAGAGUGCUCAGAAUAAUGACAGUAAUUCUGCUACAAAACGCAGUAGUAAUGCUGUUAGUGAAUCCUGUAGUGCCAAAAAGUUAAAACUUGAAGAUGAAGAAUUAACUGAGGCUGAAAAAACAUUUGACGCUCAGUUUAAGCAGUGGGAAGAACAGUUUAACAAGUGGAAGCAACAAAAUGCAAAUCAUCCUGAUAAGACGCAUUAUAAAAUAUACGAAGCAAAAUGGACAUCUUGGCGGGAGAAACUUAUUGAACGUAGAGAACAGAUGCGUAAGAAGCGUGAACAACAAAAACAAACAACUGCUAAAGCAGAUCCUGAAAAAAAUAAGAAUCUACCUGGAGGAGACAAGAUAAUGAAUAUUUUAUCAAGUACAGAGAAUCAAGGAUUAAUUAACAAUCUCUUAGGUAUUGGGAAAACCCUUGGCUUAACAGGGAAACAAAAUACAGGAACACUUCCACCGCCGCCUCCUCCACCUCAGACAACAAGCAAUAUUUCAUCUACAACAGUUACACCUGCAAUAACUUCACAACAAUCAACAUCUCAGCCAUUGAAUUCGGACACAGUGUCAUCUUGGAAUGCCCAACAAGCUGCACAGUGGGCGGCUCAAUUUAAUUCUGGAAUGCAAAACUAUAAUAGUUUUCACGGUAACUCUGGAUCGACUCAACCAUCUUUUGGAACAUCUCUAAAUUCAACGCAUCCUCCAAAUUUCGCACUACCACCACCUAAUGUGCCAAAUGUUGGACCAAAUUUUUUACAACCACCACCAGGUUUUAAUACUAACGACGGAAGACAAUUACCGGAUACAAGCGUAAGACAAAAUUUACAGGACAGAUCGUCAUAUGGUUCAAGUGGAAAUAAUUUGAAUAUGUUUGGUGCUAAUGAAAGAGCAAAUUCAGAAAUAAAUCGUUUUGGAACAAAUGAACCUUUAACUUUACCUGAUUACUCAGGUAAUUUUGAUACAACUGAUAAUACCAAUAACGAACGUAUGAAUAAUAGAAAAGGACAAUUAGGCACUGGUCCAGAAUAUUUUAGGCGAGAAAUAUUAGAUAAAAAUUUAUCCGAACAUGAUCAAUUCAGAUCAGAUGGCUCAUUUAGUUAUGGUAAUGCGAGAUUCGGUAGAGGAGAAGAAAAUUAUAAAUCGAUAGAUGGAACAGAAAUUGAUGGAAAACUUUAUAAACCAGAAGAUAGAAAUUAUAUGGAACGUGGUCCUGGACCAGGUGAUCGUUUUGUAGGAAGUGGGGAUCGGUUUGGAGCUGGUAGUGAUCGUUUUGGAAAUUCAAAUGAUCGUUAUAAUGAUCGAUUUGGAUCAGGAGAUGAUCGAUUUAUUGAUCGAUUUGGAUCAAGAGAUCGAUUUGGAUCAAAUAAUGUUCGAUUUGGAUCUAGUAGUGAUAGAUUUGGGUCACUUGAUCGUUUUGGUUCAAGUAACGAUCGUUUCACUUCAAGAAAUGAAAGAUUUGGUCAAGGAAAUGGAUUAGAAUGCGAUAGAUUCGGACCAGGCUUUGAUCGUUUUGGUGUAUCUAGUGAUAAUGUUGGCCCUGGAAACAAUAGAUUUGGAAGAAAUAUUAUGGAUCACUAUGAAGGAAACGAAGGAAUAGAUAGCACGAGAGAUAGUAAUAAUUCUCGAAACUUUGACAGAAAUAAUCAAUUUGGACCUACCGAUGAAUUGGCACCAGAGUUAAAAAAACUUAUGGAAAAAAGAAGAGCUGCUAUGGAUGUAUUCAAACCUAGCUUUCAUGAUUCCGAUAAAAGUGUUAAUGUUGGAUCUUUACGUGAGAGUUUUAAAAAAAUUGCUGGUGAUUCACCUUUUAUAUCAAAAAGUUCCACCGAUUUUGGACAAAGGGAUUAUGUAGGAUCAAGAGGAAUGACAGUUUCUAGUCCUCGUUUUCCAGGAAAUUUUGGACCACAAAAUAAUCCUAGAUCAUUUGGACCACGCGGUCCUAAUGAGUUUAAAUCACAUGGUAAUUUCGAAUUUCGAUUACGCGCUCAUACUAAUUUCAGUCCACGUGAUAAUUUCUUUGAUUCUCAUGAUCCUGGUGGUCCAUUUCUCAGAGAAUCCAAUACUAAUUUCUCUAAAUUUGAUAAGAAUCAUUCUAUGUUUGGUUCUGUGGAUGUUGAUCAACGGAUUGAACAACAAUUUGACAGAGAUCCUAAAUUACAACAAACUAAAGAUACACAAAAUAGUGGAUCAUCGGACAGUAUUGUACCUGCAAAUACAGAUAAUAUACUUACAGAGAAAAGAUCAGAUAUUCCUGUUAAUAAAAAUGAAAUGGAUAAUGCGGUAAAAGCAGAAGAAGUAUCACAGGCGGAAAAAAUAGGAGAAGAAUCAUCAAAUAAUGUUGCGGAUACACAAUCGAAUGCUCAAGAAGACAAAGCUACACGUUCUAAUGUACCGCCAUUAGAAAAACCACCUUGGAUGGAUGCAUCAUUUCCUGAUGUUAAUUUAUCUGAAAAAGAUAUUAAUAACACGGAAAGUAACAAUAAUCCACCUGCAAAUUUUGUUGUUGCCUCUACAGAAGAAAAUAAUGAAAAAACUGAUGAUAGAAUACAAACAGAUUUGGACAAAAAAUUGGAGUCAGAUGCGCCAGAUAAUGAGCAAGUCAAAAAAUCUGAAGUUUUACCAUUUAUGGGUGAAAAUGAUCCAAAACCGGAAGACUUAAACAUGGAACCACCACCAGAAUUACCUAAUUUAGGAUCAAUAACGGACGAUUUGAAUAACGAUAAUAAUACAUUUACUAAUAAUCAAAAAAUUAAAGAGCCUUUCGGUGCAGAUCGUAAUUUUUCUGGAGAAUUUGAACGUAAUGCAAAAUAUUUCGAUCCUAAAAAUACUUUUAGUCCUAGAGGAUCUAGUGAUGGAAGAUUUUUACAGCAACCUCAUACACCUAAUAAUGGACAAUUUUCUUCAUUAGGAUCAAACGAUAUACGAUUCAGAUCUCGAGCAUCCAGUGACGGACAGUUUGGUUUUCGUGGACCUAAUAAUAGAAAUUAUGGGCCAUGGAGAACGAAUGAAAUGCCAUGUGAUAAUAGAGGAUUUACUGACACACAAUUUACUCCUAGAGGACCUAUUGAUAGAUUGUCUGGUAUUACAAAUAUUAAUGAAAGAAAUUUCAAUAAUAGAAGAUCUAUGGAUGGGCCAUUCGAUAAUCAAUGUUCAAAUGAUGGACCUUUUACUUCUGGUUAUAAUGAGGGACAAUUUUCACAUCACAAUCAGCAAGAUAGAAUGCUUGGUUCUCGAAGUUUUGCAGAAAGACAUUUUGAUAUACGUAAUGCAGGAUCAAAUAGUAAACCUUUUGGAUCUCGUGGACCAUUUGAAGAUCCUUUUGAAUCUCAAGGUUUAAAUAAUGAAGCAGCAGGUGCACGUAAUUAUAAUGACAGAUUAUGUAGCAAUAGAUCACCUUUUGCCAACAGAGCUUUUGGAUCAGAUGGAGCACUUGAUAGUGCUAAUAAUGAUAUUUUUAAAGACAAAUUUAAUGAAAAUUAUUUAGAUAGGAAACUUGAUAUAGGUAUUACUGAUACCGGAGGUAGCGUAGGUUCAAAAUUAAACUGUGAAUUGGGUAAAGUGAAUAAAUCUGACGGUAAAACAUUCUUCCAAAGCAAUUUUAGCGACAACACUUCUAGAUUGCAAUAUGGAUCUGAUUGUACUGUUAAUCUUCCACCUCAUGAAUUCAAAAGUAAUAUUCAUAGUCAAGUAUCCCCCUUUGAUAAGAAAAUUACUGAAAAAUCUUGUAUAGAAUCAAAUGUUGGAGAUUCUAGAAUAGGGUAUGGAGAUAUUUCUGGAGGAUUAGAUUAUAAGUAUACUAAUUCUCCUUUCAUGAAACGAUCUAUUGAUAAUCAUCAAUCUUAUAUGAGAGGUGUACCCAAUAAAGAAUUCUGUAUAGAAAGACAGUUUAAUUAUAACCAUGGUGGUGCUACAAAAGAUAAAAAAUAUAUUGAGCAUGUACCUGUAAAAGUAAUCGAUUAUGCUCAUGCCCCUCGUACCAUAAUGCAAGAACAUUUAACUCCUGUUCAAUGUUUCGAUUAUGGACAUGGAAAACUAAAGCCUGUUGUACCGGAUCAUGAAUUAAUACCGCAAAGAGAUUUUAGAAAUUGGGAAGAAAGCGAGCAGAACUUGAAAGAAUAUGCAGAAAAAAUGAAAAAAUAUGAGAAUUCUAUGAUGAAACAUGAACACAGACGAAAGACAAACAUAAAUGAGACGAGAGAAAGCGAUUGGAUAGUAAAUAUUAGAAAAUAUGAACGAGAAAAGAGAAAUACAGAUGACAUGCAAAAAGAUAGAGAAUGUUCUCAAGAAGAAAGAGUUUAUACUAAUACUUCUGAUAAAGAAAGAGAUGAAUGUAUCCAAAGUGAUAAUAAAAUAAAUGAUAAAGAUAGAGGCCAUGAGAGAUGCGAACGGGUUCAAACAGAUAUAAACAAAGAGAAUGACAGAGACAAUGACAGAUCAAAAGGACGUACUAACUGGCAAGAAAACUCAAACAAGAACACUGUAGAGACAAAAUCGUCAAAUACCAGCUUUACAGAUAAACAGCAAAAUGUAUCAGAAUUACCAUCCAAAACCUUGGAAUUGGCGAAAACGGCAAAUUGUACAAUGGUGGAUGAUCUACUGUGCCCUCCAGGUCGUCAAAAUAGACCAUCUAAAAUAGCAAUUAUUUUAAGAGGUCCACCUGGUAGUGGAAAAUCAUUCGUAGCAAAAUUAAUUAAGGACAAGGAAGUUGAACAAGGAGGCUCUGCUCCAAGAAUAUUGAGCCUUGAUGAUUAUUUCCUUGUUGAAAAGGAAAUAGAAACAAAAGAUGACAAUGGAAAGAAAGUGAUAGUGAAGGAAAUGAUUUAUGAAUACGAAGAAGCAAUGGAACCAAGUUAUAUAGCGUCUCUUGUGAAAGCAUUCAAAAAAAAUAUUACAGAUGGCUUCUUCAAUUUUAUUAUAUUAGAUUGUAUCAAUGAAAAAAUAUCAGAUUACGAAGAUAUGUGGAGUUUUGCAAAAAGUAAAGGAUUUAAGGUAUAUGUAUGUGAAAUGGAAAUGGAUGUACAAAUCUGUUUAAAGAGAAAUAUUCAUAAUCGUUCUGAAGAUGAAAUUAAUAGAAUUGUGGAUUAUUUUGAACCUACACCAAGUUAUCAUCAAAAAUUAGAUGUAAAUUCGAUGUUACAAGAACAAGCAAUCGAAGAAGUACAAAUGGAAGAUAGUCAAGAAACAUCAGAUAAAGUAUUACAAUCAAAUGAAGAAAGUCAAGAUAGUCAGGAUGAUGCUCCAGAAAUUAUUGGUAUUAGUAAAUGGGAACGAAUGGAAGCGGAAGAUAAGUUAGAUCGCUUAGAUGGUUUAGCAAAAAAGAAAAAUGAAGGGAAACCACAAACAAUGGAAGAUUUUUUACAAGUCCCUGAUUAUUAUAAUAUGGAAGAUACUUCUGGAAAGAAGAGGGACUGUUUAACGUUAUAGGUGAGAUGGGCAGAUUUGGAGGAACGUAAACAACAAGAAAAGAUGCGAGCUGUAGGUUUUGUUGUUGGACAUACAAAUUGGGAUCGUAUGAUGGAUCCAACAAAAGGUGGAAGCGCUCUAACACGUACCAAGUAUAUAUGACGCUAAAUUAAUUUUAGAUUAUUAAAUAUAACGAUGAAGUUAAGGGGGAAAAAGAAAAAAAGAAA